AUGGGUAUCAAAGGUUUGAAUGCACUAGUGAAGGAACAUGCUCCGCAUGCAAUUUCGUCAUGUGAGAUGAAAGGGUUGUUUGGUCGUAAAAUUGCAAUUGAUGCAUCGAUGUGCCUUUAUCAAUUUUUGAUUGCGGUUCGUCAACAAGAUGGUAAUAUGCUUACCAAUGAAUCUGGGGAAACCACUUCCCAUCUAAUGGGGUUUUUCUAUAGGACUAUUAGAAUGGUCAGCAAUGGUAUCAAGCCCUGUUAUGUGUUUGAUGGUAAACCACCAGUAUUGAAAGGAGGUGAGUUGGAGAAGAGAUUAAAGAGGAGGGAAGAUGCCGAAAAGAAAGCCGAGGAAAUGAAAGAAACUGGUACUGUUGAAGAGCUACAAAAAUUUGAGAGGAGGACGGUUAGGGUCACUAGGCAACAGAACGAGGAAGCCAAGAAAUUGCUCAAGUUGAUGGGUAUUCCUUAUGUUGAGGCUCCUUGCGAAGCUGAAGCUCAAUGUGCCGAACUAUCCAAGUCGGGGAAAGUCUACGGUGCUGCAUCUGAAGAUAUGGACACCUUAUGUUACUCGCCGGGGCAUUUCCUCAGAAAUGUAACUGCUGCAGAAUCAAGGAAACUUAAGAUUGAGGAGUUCGACAUUGAGAAAGUGUUGGAAGGUUUCCAGAUGGAUAUCAACACAUUUGUGGAUUUGUGUAUUCUAUUGGGCUGUGACUAUUGUGAAACCAUUAGAGGUAUUGGACCAGUUACUGCAUUGAAAUUGAUUAAAGAGCACGGAUCUAUUGAAAAUAUUAUUAAAGCAAUCGAGGGGAAUGAGAAGUCGAAAUACAAAAUCCCUGAAAACUGGCCUUUUAAUGAAGCAAGACAGUUGUUUCUCAAUCCUGAGGUAACACCUAGUGGAGACGUUGAACUGAAAUGGGUCGAGCCUGAUAUUGAAGGUUUGAUUGAAUAUAUGGUCAAAGAAAAUGGCUUCAGCGAACAAAGAAUCAGAGAAGGUGCAACCAAGUUGUCCAAAGCGCUCAAGGGGGGAACACAAGGUCGGUUGGAUGGCUUUUUCAAGGUAACUUCUACGAAGAGAGUGGCAAAGGAGGAGGUGAAAAAGACCACAACUAAGAGAAAGAAGAAAUAG